AUGGAUGAUUUUGCGGAGGAAGAGACAGAGUUCGUGGUGGAGGAGGUGACGACGCUGGUGAAGGAGUGCGUCGAGAAGAUAGUUGGCCGCGAGACGUUCCAGCGGCAGAAGUGCGAGCUGUAUGUGCACCGCAUCGCUGAGGCGUGCAUCUCUGCACUCGCCCGCCUCAACAAGCCCUUCAAAUACAUAGUUUAUGGACUCAGGUUGUUGUACAACGCCCUGCUCUUGUCGGCAGUGACGGUGGAAGUGGCGCAGAAUGACGGAUGUGGCCGCCAUGGAGCGUUCGCCAACUUAUGGGACGCUGGCCGCGACAAGUGCUGCAACGUCAUCUGGAAGAAUGACGUCGUUCUAUGCAUCGUCACUGUUAUUGGCCUUCACAUAUGA